CCUCCGCCCCCGCCGCGGGCCCCGCGCCCCGGGUCCUCCGCGCCCCCCAUGCACCACCUCCUGGAGCCGUCCACGGACAUGGCGACGGCGCUGCUGGCCGGGGAGAAGCUGCGCGAGCUGAUCCUGCCCGGCGCGCAGGACGACAAGGCGGGCGCGCUGGCCGCGCUGCUGCUGCAGCUCAAGCUGGAGCUGCCGUUUGACCGCGUGGUCACCAUCGGCACCGUGCUCGUCCCCAUCCUGCUGGUCACCCUGGUCUUCACCAAGAACUUCGCAGAGGAGCCCAUUUACUGCUACACGCCGCACAACUUCACCCGCGACCAGGCGCUGUAUGCCCGCGGCUACUGCUGGACGGAGCUGCGGGACGCGCUGCCCGGCGUGGACGCCAGCCUGUGGCCGUCGCUGUUCGAGCACAAGCUGCUGCCCUACUCGCUGCUGGCCUUCGCGGCGAUCAUGUACGUGCCCGCGCUGGGCUGGGAGUUCCUGGCGUCCACGCGCCUCACCUCCGAGCUCAACUUCCUGCUGCAGGAGAUCGACAACUGCUACCACCGGGCGGCCGAGGGCCGCGCGCCCAAGAUCGAGAAGCAGAUCCAGUCCAAGGGCCCGGGCAUCACGGAGCGCGAGCGGCGCGAGAUCAUCGAGAACGCCGAGAAGGAGAAGAGCCCCGAGCAGAACCUGUUCGAGAAGUACCUGGAGCGCCGCGGCCGCAGCAACUUCCUGGCCAAGCUCUACCUGGCGCGGCACCUGCUCAUCCUGCUGCUCAGCGUGGCGCCCAUCUCCUACCUGUGCACCUACUACGCCACGCAGAAGCAGAACGAGUUCACCUGCGCGCUGGGCGCCGCCCCGGGGGGCGGCCCGGCCGUGCGCGUCAGCUGCAAGCUGCCGUCGGUGCAGCUGCAGCGCAUCGUGGCGGGCGUGGACGUCGUGCUCCUCUGCGCCAUGAACCUCGUCAUCCUGGUCAACCUCACGCACCUCUUCAUCUUCCGGAAGAGCAACUUCGUCUUCGACAAGCUGCACAAGGUGGGCAUCAAGACGCGCCGGCAGUGGCGCCGCUCGCAGUUCUGCGACAUCAACAUCCUGGCCAUGUUCUGCAACGAGAACCGGGACCACAUCAAGUCUCUCAACCGGCUGGACUUCAUCACCAACGAGAGCGACCUCAUGUACGACAACGUGGUGCGGCAGCUGCUGGCGGCGCUCGCGCAGUCCAACCACGACGCCACGCCCACCGUGCGCGACGCGGGCGUGCAGACCGUGGACCCCAGCGCCAACCCCGCCGAGCCCGACGGCGAGGCCGAGCCGCCCGUGGUCAAGCGGCCCCGCAAGAAGAUGAAGUGGAUUCCCAGCAGCAACCCGCUGCCGCAGCCCUUCAAGGAGCCGCUGGCCAUCAUGCGCGUGGAGAACAGCAAGGCCGAGAAGCCCAAGCCCGUGCGCCGCAAGACGGCCACGGACACCCUGAUCGCGCCGCUGCUGGACGCGGGCGCGCGCGCUGCGCACCACUACAAGGGCGGCGGGGGCGACGCGGGGCCCGCGGCCGACAAGAAGCAUGCCCGCCACUUCUCCCUGGACGUGCACCCCUACAUCCUGGGCACCAAAAAGGCCAAGGCCGAGGCCGUGCCCGCCGCGCUGCCGGCCUCCCGGAGUCAAGAAGGCGGCUUCCUGUCCCAGGCGUACGAAUGCGGGCUGGGCCUGACAGCGGUGCCCGUGGCAGAUGCGCCGCUCCCGGAGGAGGAGGCCCUGUACUCAGCAGAGCCAGCCCGGGGCGUGCUGCCCCCCGGGGGCCCGUUUCACGUCUGCUCGCCCCCCGCCGCCCCUGCCACCGCCCCUCUGUCGCCAGCUAGCCUGGGCAAGCCUGACCCCCUUGCCAUCCUGAGCCGCAACGCCACCCACCCGCUGCUGCACAUCAGCACCCUGUACGAGGCCCGGGAAGAGGAGGACGGGGCCCCCAGAGCCCCCCAGGACGUGGGCAGCCUCAUCACCAUCCCUCCGCCGCAGCAGAUUCUCAUCGCCACCUUCGACGAGCCGAGGACAGUAGUGAGUACCGUGGAGUUCUGAGGGCCGGGGCUGCCCGCGCGGCUGCAUGACCGCGCCCCAGGCAGAGGCAGCCUCGCUUUGCCCGGCACUGCCCACGGGCCCCGGCCUCCCGCCCGCAUGCCACGGGGCUCAGCACCUUUCCCCUCCCCGGCCCCCUGGAUGGCGUCAGGGUGCUGGCUGGGUCCGGGGCUGGCCAGGACUCCGUGGAGCCCUGCGCCCAAAGGCCCAGAGCCGCCCCCUCCCCCCAACAUCAGGCGCUCCGUUGUGAGAUGAAGAAUUUAUUUUUUUAGUUGAUUCUGUUUGGGGCCUAGGAUGCUGGCCUGUGAGGGGCCGGGAGGUGGCAGGAUGACUCAGGGGGGCGCGGGGGGUGGGGUGGCACCUCAGCCUCCGCCGCCCCUGCAGGGAUGGGCGCCCUGGUGGGAGGGGCCGGGGCCCCUCCAGUCAAAGGUCAACAUGCACUUUCUCCUCAUACCCCGACACCUGUCCUUUAUUUUACUAUGGUUACUGUAACUAGCGAGUACGUUUAAAUCCGGCGGCUUCGGAUGCCUUUAAAUCAAAGGAUGUCGUGCGUGUGACUGUGCAAGCGUGCGUCCAGAGAGCAAGGUGCCAGCGUGCCAGCAGGGUGUGUGCGUGAGUCGGCAAGUGUGGAUCGUGUGCGUGAGUGAGCGUGGGGUGAGGCUGGUGAGGGCAGGAAUCCAACGCAAUAACCAUGUCCCCUCCAGGCCACCAGCCCCCCACUCCCCCCCGCCCCCGGCCCCCGCCCGAGGGACCCCGGCGGUCUGUGGGAGCCGCGGGCUGGCGUGGGCGGGGCUCCCUGUUACCUCAGCCACGGUGACAUCGUGACAGUGUUAACAAGGUACCCAGCAUAUCAAUAAAGAUUAUUCUGAUACCCC